UGCUCAAGGCUCAAUCCUGCGGCCGUUACCGACCUCAGCCCUUUUGCUCUCCGCGUACUAGAAACUCUGCGGGGCACCCUGCCCAACCAGUCUUGGACUGAUCACCCCUGGGGUGAGGGCGAGGAGCUGCGGGGCAGCAUGGCGAAAGCGGCAGCCUCCUCGGCGCUGGAGGAUUUGGACCUGAGCGGAGAGGAGGUCCAGCGGCUCACCUCCGCCUUCCAGGAUCCGGAGUUCCGGCGAAUGUUCUCCGCGUACGCCGAGGAGCUCAAUGACCCAGAGAACCGGAGGCGCUACGAGGAAGAGAUCACCGCACUGGAGCGUGAGCGCGGAGUGGAGGUGCGGUUCGUGCACCCGGAGCCAGGCCACGUGCUGCGUACCAGCCUGGACGGGGCUCUGCGCUGCUUCGUGAAUGUAUGCAGCAACGAGCUGGUGGGCGCGCCCAGCAGCCGGCCAGGCCCGGAGGACGGCGGUGGCGCGGCGAUGGGUAGCCACUGGUCCCUGCCGUACAGCUUGGCGCCUGGCCGAGAGUACGCGGGGCGCAGCGGCACCCGCUACAAGGUUUACGAUGUGGUGUUCCACCCAGAAACGCUGGCGCUGGCCCGGCGCAACAAGCGCUUCUGUCAGAUGCUGGACGCCACGGCCCUGGAGGCAGUCGAGAAGCAGUUCGGCGUCAAGCUGGACCGCCGGAACGCCAAGACCCUGAAGACUAAAUAUAAGGGGACCCCAGAGGCUGCCGUGCUGCGCACGCCCCUUCCGGGGAGCGCCCGGGCCCCACCCAACAGGAAGGAGGAUCCUCUCUCAGAUUUUCCCUAUCCCUACCGGUACCCAGCGACAGCCCAGAACUCCGUCGGCCCGGGGCCCCAGGUUCCCAAACCUGCGCUGGAGACUCAGCAGCCCGCCCCCACAGAGCCCCGCUGCAGCGUGGUGCAGCGCCACCACGUGGACCUUCAGGAUUACCGGUGCUCCCGGGACUCGGCCCCGAGCUCGGUGCCGCACGAGCUGGUGGUCACCAUCGAGCUGCCGCUGCUGCGCUCGGCUGAACAGGCGGCGCUGGAAGUGACGGGAAAGCUGUUGUGUCUUGACUCGAGGAACCCCGACUACCGGCUGCGGUUCUCGCUCCCCUACCCGGUGGACGACAGCCGUGGCAAGGCGCAGUUCAACAAGGCCCGGCGGCAGCUGGUGGUCACGCUACCAGUGGCGCCAGUCGCGCGCCGCGGGCCCCCUGCGGCGCCGGAAGAGUCGGUGGGCCAGUCCGGAACUGAUGGCGUGGCCUGCGCUUCCGCUAGUGUGGGGAAAGCGGGCCCCAUGGGGGACCCCAGCCCGGAUACCAACGGGAUCCAGGUGGUAGACGCUGGGAUCGCCACCCCGGGUGCCUAUGAGGUGGCGUCUCUGUCAGCGCGCGCUGGGGAGGAGAGAGAACUCCAGCCGGAAGAGCGAGGUUUGGGUAGGCACUCGGUGUCGCCGCCAGGCCUAGAGGAGAAGUCGUCCCCAGGAGCUGGGAGCUCACCUGGGGAUGGUGGCGCAUGCUCCCCUAGUAUUUCAUCCCUGGCCCUUGACCAGGAGUCUCCUGUAGGAAGAGGGAGUGCGUGCGGAGAUAUCAGUGUAGAGACACACGAGGACCUGGAGGGCCCGGGUGGCGAGCCUUCUGACCCAGCAAUGGGUGGCCCCGGCACCGAGAGCAGGGAACCUUUGUGUCCUCCUAUGCAGUGUAAUCAGGAUGAAGAAUCCUUGACUCUGCUAAUUCAAGUGCCUCGGAUUCAGCCUCGAAGUCUUCAGUGGAAUCUGAACCCCCUUUGGUACAAACUGUGCUUCUCCACACAAAACUCGGUUUAUUCCUUCUUCUUGCAGUUUGCUCCAGAAAAUAAAUUAAGUACCAAAGAACCCGAGAUUAGCGUUUCUUCAAACAAUGCAGUGAUAGUACUGGCCAAAUCUCCAGAGAGCCAUGGACGUUGGCGAGAGUGGUACUAUGGUUUGAACAAAGAUUCUUUGGAGAGACAGGGACUUACUGAGUUGCUUAGUGCCUCCCUUUUGCUGAGGCUGGCUUUGAACUUUUUGAGCCUCCUAUCUCAGCCUCCUGAGCCACCGGGACUACAGGAAAAGUUGUUUAUUAAUGAAGAAAAUGUUAAUGAGUUUCUUGAAGAGGUCCUGUGCUCUGCAUUCAUACAGAAAAUGCCCCUGUCCCCACCAUUAAUUGAAGUUCUUCAGGUUACUGAUGAGAAGAUUCAAAUUCACGCAGAGUUACAAGAAUGUGGUAAUCUUGAUCAGCUUCAAGGAAAGGAAAAAAUCAAUGAAGAGUGUCAUCUAACUGAAAAAGAAAAUGUAGAACAUUUUACCACCUCUACAACUGAUUCUGAUUCAUCUAUAGCAGUUAAAGCACUAGAAAUAAAUACUUGUGGUUCAGUAGCAGGAUUGCAACAAGAGUCUCUUGAUGUUUCUCAAAUGCUAUCUGGAAAAUCAAAGCAACCUGAAGCAAAAAUGGAACCUACUUUUAUUAAAGAGAAAGGUUCUACUUACUCAAAUGAGGACAAAGAUAAUUUAAAAGAACCGGUAAUAACCAAAGAAAAAGAAUUGGAUGGACAUCACAAUUUGAACAAAACUAUAGUUCACAAUAUACCUGAUUUUGAUAGCAUAAAAGAAACCAAUAUGCAAGAUGGUACUGUGCAGAUUAUUAAAGAUCAUGUGACUCAUUGUGCAUUCACUUUUCAGAAUUCUUUGCUAUAUGAUUUGGAUUAAUUCUAUAUUAUUCGGAAUUUAAAUGUUGCGUAAAAAAAUUUUGGACCUAAAAUAAUUUCUUUCUGUUAAACAUUAAAACAAAGGUAGUCAAUUUGGAAUUUUAAUUCCAAUAGGUAAACUGUAGUUUUGUUUUUGUUUGCCUUUAAAUAGUUUUAAUUUUGGAGAUGUUUUAGAAUUCCUCUAGUAGAUAUAUUUUUUGAAGUAGAGAUGUAAAACAGUUUUAAUACAAUGUGUGUGUGUGUGUAUAAAUAUACAUAUAUAUUGA